UUAAGAUACAGGGAAUAUAAACAUUUGUUAUACAACAAUGUCCCGAACUAUCAAGACAAUUGACUUGUCUAAUACGUCAAACGCAUACUACGCACCCGCGACUAUCUCAACAGGAGACCUAAUCCACGUUGCCGGACAGCCAGGAAGCACCAAGAACGGGUUCGUCCCCGACGACUACGAGUCACAAAUUCACCUAGCUCUUCUCAAUCUCCGCAAAGUCAUCCUCUCUGCCGGUGCAUCAAUUGAAAACAUUGCCAAAUUGACUCUACUGAUCGUCAAUUACGAUGCCUCGAACCGCAAGCACGUCCGCCACGUGCAGCGUUUCCUCCGUGGCCACAGACCGGCCAUCACGCUUAUCCCGGUCUCCAAGUUGGCUGUUCCAUCCUGGCUGUUCGAGAUUGAUGCCCUGAUAGCCCUACCGAAGCAAUCUUCUAUCCCACCAGCGAUAAUACCUGCUACACAGCGGGCUGUUGAUGUGGUCAUCAUCGGUGCCGGCCUCGCUGGCCUCUCAGCAGCUCACGACAUCACCCGUGCAGGGCUCUCAUGUAUAGUGCUCGAGGCUCGCGAUCGUGUUGGUGGAAAGACAUGGAGCCAGUCGAUAAAUGGCAGUAAUGCGGUGGUGGAUGUGGGGGCCGCCUGGAUCAAUGAUACUAACCAAAGCAGAGUGUAUGCUUUGGCGAAGAGAUAUGGUGCUGAGUUGAUUGAACAGAAUACGCAGGGGAGUGUUGUCUUGGAGGAUUUUGAGGGGAAGUGUUCUUCAUUUCCGUAUGGGGAGUUGCCUUAUUUCGACGAACCAACCCGUCAGAAACUAGCUGAGAUCCGCGACAUGGUCGAAGCCGAUUGCCAGGAAGUAGACACCUGGAAACCGCAAAACACAAGUCUUGAUGCCCUCACGUUCGAGGCAUACUUACGUUCUCGCGGUGCGGACGACAUUGCCCUUGCUACUGCUGCCGUGUGGACGCGAGCCAUGUUAGGACAAGAGCCAAGAGACAUAUCCGCUCUCUAUUUCCUUAAUUACUGCAAAUCAGGCGGAGGCCUGCUUCAGAUGCGCUCCGACAGAAAGCACGGUGGGCAGUAUCUCCGUAUUCGCCAAGGUACCCAGUUAUUUGCCAAGGGUCUUGCUGGAUCACUACCUGAGGGUGUGGUAUGUCUUUCCAGUCCGGUCGAAGAGGUUAUCCAACCCAACAAAGAUUCAAUCCAAGUUCAAUCCACCAGCGGUGUCUACACUGCUCGAAAAGUCAUCACGACCGUCCCUGGCCCUGUCCUCAAGACCAUGGCUUUCACACCUCCAUUACCAGUCACUAAGCGCGUUUACGUGGACUCCCUGAGUUACGGCUACUAUACCAAGGCCAUGAUGGAAUUCUCCUCUCCAUUCUGGAUUAAGAAAGGCUUCUGCGGCCUCGUCCAAUCAUUCACAGGCCCUGCAAGCGUAAUACGCGAUACCUCCAGCCUAGCAGAUCAGAAAUAUAUCCUCACCUGCUUCAUGUGUGGUGAACCAGGCCACGUCUGGGCAGCACUAUCCCCUCGUGAUCGGGAGCUCAAGUUGCUCCAUCAGCUGAAAAGCGUAUUCGAUUACAAAGUCGAAGAGGAGUUCGUCCAGAUGCAUACUUACGAAUGGGCAAAUGACGAAUUCUCCGGCUGGGGAUGUCCUUGCACUUCACUCGCGCCGGGGGUUCUGGAUACCGUCGGCGGUGAUGCGUUGAGAGAGCCCUUUGGGAAUUUGUACUUUGCUGGGACCGAGACGGCGGGGGAGUGGAAGGGUUAUAUGGAAGGUGCGAUUAGGAGUGGUGAGAGGGCGGCUGCUGAGGUGGUUGGGGGUCCACAAGGCGGUAUUGUUUCGAAAUUGUAGCUUGCUUGUUUUGUAUAGAGGCGUGCUUUGAGAAGAGUCAAUAUGGAAGGUUUGGUGUUUUCAGUUAUAAAACCUCUAUCUAUAUAUAUCAUCUAUGAUUAUAUUCUCAGCGACAUCAGCAGCAGGUGAUUUGGUAUCCUGCUGCUCCUAAGGGCGAUUCCUGUCGCACUGAUCCCAGCCCUUUCCCCGCUGGUGAUUAUCGAGCCUGACUGCUCUCGUUUGUUCAUGGGACGCAAACCAAGUACAGUACUUAAACACGUCAGGAUCUAGGAUCACAGAAACAAAGACUCUGAAGAAGCAUGUAAAACGGGAAUGAA